CUCACUCCACUCCAGUAUCGUACAUCUCUAUAGACAUAUCUCCAUUGUGAAGAGUACACGCCGUAGUGGGAUAACUAGGGUGUAGCUAGACAACAUGGUUAGGAUUAUCAUCAAGGGUGGUGUUUGGCGUAACACUGAGGACGAAAUUCUCAAAGCUGCCAUAUCGAAAUAUGGCAAGAAUCAAUGGGCUCGAAUUUCUUCUUUAUUAGUGAGGAAAACAGCGAAACAAUGUAAAGCUAGAUGGUACGAAUGGUUGGAUCCUAGUAUCAAAAAGAUUGAAUGGUCAAAAACCGAAGAUGAAAAACUUCUUCAUCUCGCGAAACUCAUACCCACUCAAUGGCGUACCAUCGCUCCUAUCGUAGGACGUACAGCCACACAAUGUCUAGAGCGAUAUCAGAAGCUAUUGGACGAUGCUGAGGCUCAAGAUAAUGACGAGUUGGGAUUGGGCGCAGGGGACGACGAAGCUUCAAGACCUGCUGAAGGAAGUAGUAGAGGACUGAGACCGGGAGAAAUUGAUACGGAUCCGGAGACAAGGGCUGCCAGACCUGAUCCUAUCGAUAUGGAUGAUGAUGAAAAAGAGAUGUUGUCAGAAGCCAGAGCUAGACUGGCCAACACUCAAGGCAAGAAAGCGAAGCGAAAAGCUAGGGAGAGGCAGUUGGAGGAGGCGCGAAGACUAGCUUUUUUGCAGAAGAAACGCGAAUUGAAAGCUGCUGGCAUAAACCUUAGAUUGAAGCCAAAGAAGAAAGGCAUGGAUUAUAACGCCGACAUUCCAUUUGAGAAACAGCCUGCCCCUGGGUUCUACGACGUGACGGACGAAAAUGCCAAAGCAUAUGCGGCCCCUGUGGGGCAAACAUUACGGACCCUGGAAGGAAAGCGCAAGCAGGAGCUCGAGGAACAAGAAGAGCAGAACAAACGGCGGCGAGGGGAAGACGGCAAGCCAAAGUCUAACCAGACCGCCCAGUUCGUUGCUGCCCGCGAAGCACAGAUCAAGAAGCUCAAAGAGCAAGAUCAGAUCAUUCGGAGACGGAAAUUAAAUCUUCCCACCCCUCAAGUAGGAGAGAGGGAGCUCGAAGAUAUCGUCAAGAUUGGUCAAGCUGGUGAGAUGGCUAGGGGGUUGGUGAAUGGGGAGAACGAGGCUACUGGAAAGCUGCUGGGGGAUUAUGAAGGGUUGGGCAAUGCAAAGAUGGCACGUACGCCAAGAACUGCACCCGAACAGGACAAUAUCAUGAACGAGGCAAGAAAUCUACGACAACUUUCAAGCGUUGAAACUCCUCUCCUGGGUCAGGAAAACACUCCACUCCGUACUGCCGAAGAUCAAGGUACUGGGUUUGGCGGUGCAACGCCUCGUCAAGCCGUACAGUUCACUCCCAAUCCACUUGCUACCCCUGCCCACGGAGGCGCUCUCGCCACUCCUCGUGCUGCUGGCGGAGUAACUGCCACACCCCUUCGCACGCCUAUGCGAGACAAUCUGAGCAUCAACACUGGUGCCACGCCAUAUAGCGAGACUCCUCGGGACGAACGCCUUCGACUUGCCGCUUCUCGUCGUGCGCUCAAAGCCGGUUUCGCCGCUUUGCCUAAACCAGAGAAUAACUUUGAGCUUGCGGAAGUGGAUGAUGAGGAGGAAGAGGAAGACGCCCCAGUCCUCACCGAGGAAGAUGCGGCCGAAAGGGACGCUCGUCUGAAAGCUGCCCGCGAAGAAGAAGAGCGUCUCGAGCUGGAACGUCGAAGCUCCGUGGUCAAGAAGGGUCUGCCUAGACCUGUCAACGUUAACUUGGAACGUCUGGUCCAGGAUCUAGACGCAGCCACCGAAGGCGAGUACGAGGACGACUCAAUGGCGGCGGCGAUACACUUGAUCAACUUGGAAGUGGCUCGAUUAGUGAAGCACGACUCUAUCGCCCAUCCUCUUCCUGGCACCUUCACCCCUGGGGGCAUGCUGUCAGAAUAUGACAUGCCGCCUGAUUCUUUCAUUUCUCAAGCACGUAGUAUCAUCCAUUCGGAACUCGCACAAAGUAUGGGAUUACCAGGAGCGUCCGAUGAACAACUUCGACUCGCCAUAUCUUCGACUGUCGACGACACACCCGACGCGUUCAUCGCCACUUGGGCGGAAACUCGACAACAACUCGUUUUCUCCCCCGAUCUGGAUCAAUGGAUCGAAGCCACCACUCUCAGCCCGGAACAGCUGAGAGGAGCGUACGAGUACUCCAUCACUCAAUCGCGCGAGUCAAUGGUGCAAGAAGCGACGAAAGCCAGUAAGGCGGAGAAAAAGCUGGCAAAGCAGUUGGGAGGGUAUCAGGCGAUCAAUGCCAAGCAUAGAGCGGGGAUUUUGGAGGCGAUGGAGGAGUUGCAACAGGCUCAAAGGGAUUUGGAGACGUUUGGAAUGUUGAGAGUUAUGGAGGAGGCCGCUGCGCCGAUUAGGAUAGAGCUAAAAAGGGAAGAGGUGGCGAGGUUGGAAAGAAGAGAGAGGGAUUUACAGGCAAAAUACGCGGAACUGGUCGAUGAGCGGAAAGAGAGGUUGGCGGCUAUCGAGCAGCUGGAAGAGGAUAAGAUUGUCCUAGCCGCUCAGGCACAGCUGGACCUCGAACAAGCCAACGGUGGAGAUGGAGACGAGGUCAUGAAAGGGGCUAAUGGAAUCGGAGAGGUGAAUGGGGAUUGAGAGUGACAUCUUUCAGCGGGUAAGUGUGACCUCUGAUAUGCAUGUAUUGCAGUUGCGUAAGUUACGUCGUGUGACAUUUAGC